GCAUUUGGUCACACCGCCCCACCCACACACACACACGCACAUAGCAAGUUCUUUCGACCGCAGAACCAAUUGAAUUCUUAAAUUUGCUGAGUUGUUGAUAACUUCGAUUGUGGUGUGAAUAUUAUGAACCUUGGCGGUGGACGGGGCUAAUCGAUUGACACAUUGUCGUCCGGAUCCCAGCAACCACAGCAGUCAGUGUUAGUCGCACGCCGGGAAAAGUGCCACGAGACGAGAGAGAGAUCGGGGAAAAUAGGCGAAAACCUUUGGAAUCCGGGGGAAAUGGGCUCCACCGGCGGGGAUGUUAAAUCAAUACUGGUACUCGCCGUAAUGGUCGCGCUCCUGGCCGCUCCACUGUCGGUGCUGGCGCGGAAGCACCACCUGGAAGUGCGCAAUGACAGGCGUCCAUACAUUGCACUAAGUACCUUCGGGUUCUACACCAACGGUCAUCUGGACGUGCAGCUCAGCAAGCUGACGAUCGAUGAGGAGCAGCCCACGGAUUUGUUGGGCCUGUCGCUGGACAAGACCACCAUUGAUCAGCUGAAUCCGUAUCUGGACUCGCACCAGACCAAGUGCAUUUUAGAGGAACCGCCUAAGCUGCAGACCAGUGGACCCAUACUCUUCUUCGUUCUGGAUCUCAAGGAGUUGAAAGUCAAUGUGAAAUGCUCGCCUGAAUGGGCCAACAUGCACAUCUACAAGGACAUUACCGCCCGUACCAAGCGAAACUCUCGCCUCGGAAAGGUCAGUGAUUCGGUACUGUUCCGCCAAGCGCGUGAUGUGCCGCCCUACCUGGGAGAUGAACCCGAUGACUCCAUGGAGGAUCCCCCGGAGCAGGAGCCACCGGCAGAGUUGAAGCUAUCCUCGCCAGCGGUGGCUGGUAAAAUUGAGUUGCCCAAGGACGAGAUUGUAGCCCAAAAAGAGGAUUCCGCUGCUAAGAAGCUUCCUGUUUCCAAGCCAGUAGUUCCUGUUCAGCCACAAGCUGUCGCUAGUCAGGAAAGUGAUACUGUUCAGCAGGAUGUUGGUCUUAAAGUAGCCGAAGUUGCCCCCAAACCGGUGGAACCCAUCAAGGUCACGCCCGAAACUAAACCGGAGAAGCCUCUGACCAAAAAGAGGACUGUAGUAGCCAAACCAGGAUCAGCUAAAGAAGAAGUCAUAAAUGCGCCUAAAGUGGCAGCACCUCCUGCCGCUGUCGCUGCUCCUGUUUCUGUUCCUGUCGCCGCCAAGAAAGACGAAGUCGACGAUUCGGAUGCUGCCCCAGAUCAAGGCGUGAAUAACUUUUUGCCUCACGAAUCGGAUGCAGAAGACGAUUUAUACGCAGUCGGCUCGUUCAAGCAAUCGCAGGAGGACCUGUGCAAGGACUCGACAAUGCCGCUGAUCAGGGAAACGGAUGCCAACGGGGUCAACUACUACAGCUUCAACUUUUCUAUGCUGGUGGCCACCUUGCGUGACGAAGGCCUCUACAAUCUGUACUUCCAUGCCUGCCCCAACUACCAUAGCCACAGCAAGGUUAUGUCCUUCAAUGUGGACAUAGAAGAGAACAAUAAUGGCAAUUACCUGUCUGCUGGAGAGAUGCCGCUGCCCGCUCUAUAUUUUAUGAUGAGCCUGCUCUUUUUCCUUUCCGGUCUCUUCUGGGUUUUUAUCCUGAAGAAGAGCAAGCACACGGUAUACAAAAUCCACUACCUGAUGGCCGUGUUGGUAUUCCUUAAGUCGCUCUCUCUGAUGUUCCACUCGAUCAACUAUCAUUUCAUUGAGAAGCGGGGCGAGCAUGUGGAAACCUGGGCCAUCCUUUACUAUAUUGCUCAUCUGCUAAAGGGCGCAGUACUCUUUAUCACCAUUGUUCUGAUUGGAACCGGUUGGACAUUUAUUAAGCACAUUCUGUCCGACAAGGACAAGAAGAUCUUCAUGAUUGUCAUCCCGUUGCAGGUUCUGGCCAACGUAGCUCAGAUCAUUACCGACGAAUCGGAUCAGAGCGACGCCGAGUUCCGCACCUGGCACAAUAUCUUCUUCUUCGUGGAUCUGCUGUGCUGUGGAGCCAUCCUGUUCCCGAUUGUGUGGUCCAUUCGGCAUCUCCACGAGGCAUCUGCUUCGGACGGCAAAGCAGCGAUCAAUCUGCGGAAGCUUAAGCUUUUCCGACAGUUCUACAUCAUGAUCGUGUGCUACAUCUAUUUCACGCGAAUCAUCGUCGACCUACUCCAGAUGACGGUGGUGUUUCAGUACGCCUGGCUGGACGAGAUGUUCCGUGAGAUGGCCACCUAUGUGUUUUUCGUACUCACGGGCUACAAAUUCAGACCGGUGUCCUCGCAUCCAUACUUCGAGGUGCCCGACGAAGACGAUGACGAGGUGGAGGUCCUCACCGGAUCGGGCCUGACGGAAUCUCUGCAUCGCGUUAAGCCGGUGAAUCGGAAUCACCAUGGCAGCAGUUCCGGUGGCAUCACCAUCAUCGAGGGCAACGACGAAGAGCGUGAAAAUCUGAUUGCGAAGCGAGAAUCGAGUCACGAGUACGAUUAGACAUCGCACACGAUGUACACCAUACAUAUUCCCCGUAAUUCCCCCAUUAGUAUGUAGUCUGUAGCGAUUCCCGGGGUCGGGAUAUAUAUGCGGAGCCAUCAGCUAGUACUUUGUCCUUUACUUUACCUUACUUACCUUUGUUCUUAGAGUAUCUUAACAAAGAAAAACGAAAAGAAAAAACAAUGGCAGCGGAGGGGAUUAUCUCAGUAUGUCAACUUGGACACCAUCACAUCCUCCUCCUCCAUGUUGUGCCCGUCCAGCCGCCAGCCAAUAAAUACACUUGUAAAUAAAUUUGUAACGUGCCCGCUGCUAUAAACGAUG